GUUGGGGCCGGGCUGCGGCGAGGGAGCCGGCUCCGCACAGCUCUGGGCGCCGGCUGGGGCGCCGGCCCAGGGCUCCUCGCGGGCUUGGGGCUGUGGAGCGGCGCGGGUGAGGCGGGAAGCCGGCGGCGGAGGCGGCGGGGAGGCCAGGCGGGCGAGGCGCCCCGCCCGAGGGCGGCUCUGGCCGAGGGCGGCGGGGCCGGGAGUCGGCCCGGGGCGGCGGCUGCGGCGGCGGCAGCGGCGGCGGCCGCGGCCCCCGAGGAGCCCGCCGGGAUGCUGGCGGACCAGCUGGUGGAGGAGUUCGAGAUGAAGGAGGACGAGCCGUGGUACGACCACCGGGACCUCCAGCAAGAUCUCCAGCUUGCUGCCGAGCUUGGGAAGACGUUGCUGGAUCGGAACACAGAGCUGGAGGAUUCCCUGCAGCAGAUGUACACAACCAACCAGGAGCAGCUGCAGGAAAUUGAGUACCUGAGCAAGCAGGUGGAGCUGCUGCGGCAGAUGAACGAGCAGCACGCCAAGGUGUACGAACAGCUGGACGUCACGGCCAGGGACCUGGAGGAGACCAAUCAGAAGCUGGUUGCCGACAGCAGGGCCUCGCAGCAGAAGAUCCUCAGCCUGACGGAAACAAUCGAAUGUCUACAGACAAACAUCGAUCACCUCCAGGGCCAGGUGGAGGAGCUGAAGGCCUCCAGCCCAGGCCCGAGGCCGAGGCCGAGCCCCAGCGAGGAGAGGGCGGCGCCCGCCUUCGCCUGCCUGAAGGAGCUGUACGACCUCCGCCAGCACUUCGUCUACGACCACGUGUUCGCCGAGCAGAUCGCAUCCCUGCCGAGCGCGCCGCGCGCCGACGAGGAGGAGAACGCGCGGCUGCGCAGGGCCGCGGCGGCGCUGCAGGCGCAGCUGGGCGCCGAGCGGCGGCGGCGCGCGGCCCUGGAGGAGGAGCUGGGCCUGGCGCUGGCCGAGAACCGCGAGCUGGAGCAGCGCCUGCGCGGUGCCGACGCCUGCCGCGCGCGAGCGCUGGAGCUGGAGGCCGAGGUGGCCGAGGUGCGGCGGCGGCUGCGCGCGCGGCCCGCGGGCGGCGGGGACGGGACGGGCCCCGAGGAGCCCAGCCAGAGCCUGCUGGAGGAGAUCCUCCUGGGCGCCCCCGAGCCGCCCCGCAAGCCCCUCAAGCGCAGCAGCAGCGAGACGGCCCUCUGCGGCUCGGGGGCUGCCGACCUGGUGAGCGGCCACGAGCAGACCUGCAUCCGCCGGGCCAAGGCGGUGAAGCAGCGCGGCGUCUCCCUGCUGCACGAGGUGGACUCGCAGUACAGUGCUCUGAAGGAGAAGUACGAGGCGCUGCUCCGCAGGUGCCAGCCCGAGCCGGACUCGCUGUCGCAUAAGGCCGUGCAGACCUCCCGGGCCCCCACCCGGGAGCCGCCGGCCGCGAGCUCCUCGCCGGAGCCUGGCGCCCCGGAGCGCGGCGACUCCCUGAGCCCCAGCACGCCGCCGGAGUACCGGGCGCUGUUCAAGGAGAUCUUCAGCUGCAUCCAGAAGACCAAGCGCGAGAUCGACGAGCAGAGGGCCCGGUACCGGCCGCUGUCGGCGCAGCCGGGCCUCUAGCCCCGCCGCCGGCCCCCGGGUUCCGCGCCCCUCGGUGCCCGCUGCUGGGCUCCACCGACUGCGCGGAGCAUCACGCGGCCGGGCUGAGGCCUCUCCUGCCGCCGCCUGGAAGGUUCCCGGGAGCC